GCUUGGGGCGAGCUGGCGUAUUUUUGACGGUGUAUAGAAACCCAGAAAGCUUUAACUAUGACCACUGUACAAUACUCUCGGAUUUUAUGCUGUAAGUGUGGAGUUUCUAUGGAAUCCAAUGAAGCGAACAUUUGUGUUGCUUGCUUAUCCGCUGAGGUCGACAUUGCAAAGCAUAUUCAGAGACAGAACACAAUCAUAUUCUGUACCAAAUGUGAAAGGUAUCUCAACCCGCCAUCGCAGUGGGUUUCAGCUGACCCGGAAUCUCCUGAACUUCUUUCUAUGUGUAUUAAACGUGUACGUGGUUUGUCUAAGGGAUUGAACGUUCGUGGAGCCAAAUUCAUCUGGACUGAACCUCAUAGCAGACGUAUUAACAUUGAAGUCACUGUUCACGGGGAACUUCCCACAGGCGAUUUGGUGGAACAAGAAAUUCCCUUAGAGUUUAUCGUGCAUCCCCAGCAAUGCUCGGAUUGUGCUAGAUCGGCUGCAAAAGACUACUGGUCCGCGUGUGUUCAGUUGAGACAACGCAGUGAACACAGGAGAACAUUGUUUCAUCUGGAACAAAUCAUUCAUCGUUGCAAUGCGCACAAGGAGUGCACCAAUGUAAAGCAAGUGCACGAGGGGCUCGAUUUUUACUUCAGCACGCGAUCACAGGCUGUUUCUUUCAUGAAUUUUGUAUGCAAACGCGCCCCAUGUCGCACCCAGACUUCUCAACAUUUGAAAUCCCACGAUGUACACAACAACACGUAUAAUUACAAAUUUACCUUCUCAGUCGAAGUCGCCAGUGUCUGUAAGAAUGAUAUUGUUUGCCUCUCCAAGGCACAAUCCCAACGCCUCGGUGGUAUCGGCCCGAUUUGCAUAGUAACGAAAGUUUCGGAAGCCAUUCACCUGAUCGAUCCAGUUACUUGCCAAGGUAUUCCUCGAAUGCUUGUCUCUUUUUGCAAAGCUUUUAACCAUGGCAUGUUCCAUCUUUUCAUCCAUCAAUUGAAGCACCCAAACUUGAUCAAUCUUAUCGAGGUGUUCAAGCGAAAGCGCCGGCUCCACUUGGUGUUCCAGUACGUUGAUCAUACGCUUCUACAAGAGCUGGAACAGAACCCAAAAGGAACCACAUCAAAUCCGUUACUUAUGAAAGGGAUCGAUCAUCGUAUGCGUCAACUGUACAGGCGCACCUGCUUUUGCGGUAUAGCCAUGGGAGCGAAACCUGUCGAUGCAUUGAGGUAA